UAGCUUUUUCAGCGACACCAACCACCCCCGUGCUAUGGAGAUCGUCGUGCAGUCAUCCAAGGUCGUCAAACCCGCCUAUGGCGAGGGCAGCACUCCGGCCGUGGACGUCGUGAUCCCCCUCACCGUCUUCGACGAGGUCCACGACGAGUACAUGUCCAGCAUCCACGGCUUCCACUCGCCGUCCCCGACCCCCGCCGCCCUCGAGGCGGGGCUCGCGAGGGCCCUGGCCGAGUACCGCGAGUGGGCCGGCAGGCUGAUCGCCGCGGACGGGUCGUCCGCGGCCGGCCGGCGAGCGCUCCUGCUGAACGACGCCGGUGUGCGGUUCGUCGAGGCGACGGCCGGCAUCGCGCUGGAGGCCGCCAUGCCGCUGCUGCUGCAGCCGGCGGCGGCGCGGCGCCUGCACCCCAGCGGCGAGGGCGCGGAGGAGCUCAUGCUGGUCCAGGUCACGAGGUUCGCGUGCGGCUCCCUCGUCGUCGGCCACACCAUGCACCACGCCGUCGGCGACGGCUUCGCCAUGUGCCAGUGCCUGCUCGCCUGGGGCCAGUGCACCCGCGGCGCCACCGUCGACCCCGUCCCGGUGCACGACCGGGAGUCCUUCCUGCCCCGCCACCCGCCCCGGGUCGAGUUCGACCACCGCGGCACCGAGUUCAAGGUCCCCAACGAUAACGACGACGACGACGAGAAGAAGAGCCCGCCGCGCGCCGCCGACAACGACGUAGUGGUGACGCACAAGGUGCGCUUCAGCAGGGAGUUCAUCUCCGACCUCAAGUCGCGGGCAUCCGCGGCGGCGACCACGCUCCGUCCGUACACCACCAUGCAGUGCCUGGUGGCGCACCUCUGGCGGUGCGUGACCAGGGCGCGGGGGCUCGACGGCGGCGAGGCCACGACGACGCUGCACAUGGCCGUGAACGGGCGGGCGCGGAUGAGGAGCCCGCGGGUGCCCCAGGGGUACACCGGCAACGUCGUGCUAUGGGCGCACCCGGCCGCCACCGCGCGGGAGCUGCUGGCCGGCCCCCUAGGGCGCGCCGCGGAGCUCAUCCGCCGGGAGGUCGCCCGCGUGGACGACGCCUACUUCAGGUCGUUCAUCGACUUCAUCGGCUCCGGGGCCGUCGAGGAGGAAGGGCUGGAGCCCAUGUCCGACGCGGCGGAGAACCCGGACGUCGAGGUGUACUGCCUGUACAGGAUCCCCUUCUACGACCUCGACUUCGGCGGCGGCCGGCAGUUCCUGUACAUGCCGAGCAACCAGCCGGUGGACGGCGCCGUCUACAUCCUGCCGCUGUGCCCCCAGGGCGACGGGAGCGUGGAGGCGCUCGUGUCCCUCUACAGCCGCGCCAUGGACGCCUUCAAGGACUGCUGCUUCUCCUUGAUGGUGCCCGACAUACUUCUCUAGUAAAUUGGUAGGCAACCUUACUACGGAUCGUCGUGCGUGUACCAUCGCAUGCAUGUUACACGAACAAGAGAUUAUUAUUGUAGGGAUUUGCAUGUAUUUUGCAGGGCGGAAGAAGCUAAAAUCAAAUGUGGGUCUCGUUGGAUCGGAGAUUGACGCAUAUGUCACUCCAUCAUGGCGGAUCCAGAGAAGGAUUUGGCAUCGUCUUUAGUCGGGUCGUGAGCGUGAGUCUCGUUUUUUCAGUGAAAGCAAAUAAAGUGUCAGCCGUGUGCGUUGUCUUUAGUGUA